CAGAACUGCUCCGACAUGGCAUGCAUGAUUGCCCGCAUACAGAACUUUUCGGACAAUGGUCUAAGAUGCUUCAUGAAAGCUUUCAUGGCUCCCUUCUCUUGGAUGGCUCUAAUGGCGGAUGAGUCAGAAAUGGACUCGAGGGAUUUCAGGAGGCUGCUCUGGGCAGCCAGGCCUUUCAUCCGAAACAUGCUGUCCCCUGGCCUGCGGCUGCCAGCUAAAAUUAGCCCCCUACACCUGGCUGACAUGGCGAAUAUGUUCAGUGAAGAGUUUGGCUCCCUGACUCCAGAGCAUCGUAAUCAGAUCCGUAAAUGGAUUAAGGAACAGAUCAGAAAAACUAUGAACUGCAGUGAGCCAACCAAACCCAAAACUAAUUCAUCUCCCAUAAACUACAGAGGUCCACCGUUCUGCCGGAAUUGGCUGAAUGCUGAAGGAAUGCAGAUGAUGGGAAGCUUCCUUCCACUUCUGCCUGCUGAUGAAUUUAGAAAUAUCCCUAAAAAGGAGUUAUGUGCAUUCUUCUGGAAACCACAAUUCAAAGACUUGUCUGAUGGGAAAGUACCCAAAAACCUUGGCAGGAUGUUGAUCAAAAAGUUGGAGGGCUGCUUUAACAGAAGUUCAGAGUUCUUCGAAAAGCUGGGCAGACUUGGUGGCCUGGCAUGUUUCUUUGACAAAUCCAAGGAACUCAAUUCAUCUCAGAGCACAGCUCUCCUCUCCCAAAUUCAGAAAUGUGAGAACUCUGAAUCUAGAAAGCUGAAGAAGAAACUGGUGAUGAAUGCACUUUCUCAGGGCCAGGGGUCUCUCAGCCCUGAGCUUCUGGAAUCUCUGGGCUCAGAAGCAUCAGUCGUGCCUGUCAACAUGUUGAGCCAAGUUAAACGUUCAGACAUCAAGAAAAUCCUGACCUCCAUGAGCGAAGUUGUUUGGAAGCAAUCCCAGGCCCGGGUCCUGGCCAAAAAGCUCCUGCAGGAAAAUGUAUCGGCAAGCGACCUGUUGGAUAUGGGCAACCUGGUGAUAGGUGUCAAUGUCAAAGUGCUGCGGAAAGUCGAAUUUCAGCAGCUGGAGACAGGCAAUCUGGAAAAGCUGUGCAAGAGGCUGAACAAACUGCAGAUGGCAGCUGUGGUGGAUGAGCUGCGCAGUAAACUGAACGAAUCACAGUUGGUGAGUACCAUGCCUGCGUCCCAACGGAACAAGCUGUCCCUGACAACCCUCACACGUGCUCGCCUCAGCUCUUUGGACCAGCUGACAGGGACGAACUGGACCAGGUCCCAGUCUGUUGUUGUGCUGAAGAUGGUCAUGAGGGGGAGUUUGAGAGCCGAUGAUAUCAAGAAAAUGAAGUCAGCAGUGCAGGGCGUGACAUGUCGGAUGAUUAACGAUACCAACCAGAGUGACGUCCUGGGCGUGUCUCAGGCUCUAACAGGAAGCACGCAAUGGCUCUCCAGGACACAGGCCAACUGUGCUGCUGAAAAGCUGUACUCCACUCUGGAGAAGCAGAGGAAGGGCUAUUUCAGUGACAUCACCGACACUGAGCUGGAUGCUAUUCCCACAGCACUUCUGAUUUACAUGCCGGUGACGGCAAUUUCAGGGCUCCCAGACGCUGUCUGUUCCAGGUUCCUGGACAAAAUGUCACAGGCCAACCUAUCCACUCUUCCCCUAAGUUCCUUUGCUCGUUCUACCCUGACCAACAGGUCUCUGGCCUGCCUGGGCGAGAACAUGUCAGAUCUGUCCUCUGACAAUAUCACCAGGCUGGGGACUCUCGUGUGUGAGCUGGGGCCAUCACAUCUCUCUAGCCUGGCUGCUGAUGCCCAGAAUACCACCUUGUCCGCCCUGGCCAAAUGCGACCAGAUUAACGGCAGCCAUAGCGGUGCUAUCAUCAAUCUGCUCAAGGAACGAUAUGGAGAGCCCUCAGAUUGGUCCUCUAGCACAAUGGAAUCUUUUGGCCGUGUCCUUCUACUGGAUGACUCAGAAAUCAGAUCACUAACAUACAAGUCCUGGCUGAAGGAAACCCUCUUGGAUAUAGUGGACAGUCUACCCACCGGCCUAUCAAAGACCGCUCCAAAAGAGUUCCGGAUUGGUCCCGAUCUUUCCACAGUACUCAAAAAGUUAUUUGACCUGAUCACGUACUCCGCCCCGGCAAGCCCUGAGUCCCGUAGAAAGAGAGCGGCUUGUGAAAAUGCUCCCGAGUCGUCUGAGAUUGUGGACCUGGAGCAGGCGAACGUGCACUGGAGCGCAGACGAGCUGAACUGCAUUUCGGCAGAGGUCUUCAACAGCAGCGUGCAGAUUCUGGGGGAAGUUGUUGGCUACGGCCCUGAACAGCUGGUAGCUCUGAAGAACAAGGUCGAUGAGGUGUGGGGAACGCCGGACUCCCUGACUGAGGACCAGGUGUCCCAGCUGGGCUGUGUGACGCAGGGCUACAACAAUGAACAGCUGAAGCAGCUCAAAAUCACCUCCCUGGACACUCUGAACAUGCUCAGCAUGUGCAGCUGGACACAGGAGCAGAGAGAGGCAAUGUGGCAGGGUUAUGUGGAUCGCAAUAGCCAGACAGUGGAAGCACUGGGAACAGUGGAGAUGGUGGCCCUAGACCAGUUCAUCUGUGGGCUGAGCCUGAAUGAGCUGCAAAAUCUCGCCACUGAUGCCUUCAGGGAGGCAGUGGCAGAAGUGGGCAGUGUUGAAUGCCCUCUUUCCUCCACGGAGGUGCUGAAGGACAAGGCGGUGCUUGUGUUUGGCAGCCCAGAUUCCUGGACUGAGGCUGAAGUUAACAGCAUGGGAAACAUCAUUGCUGGUUUGACUGAAUCAGAGCUGCAGAAUCUGAUGGAGUCAGUCAUGCCCUUCAUCAGUCAGACUGCUAUCCCUCUCAUCCCCCCCAAUCGCCUAGCUGCACUGUCAGUCAGCCAACUGCAGGCCUUCAGUCCUGACAAUGCUGCCAUGGUGACCACAGCCCAGAGAGAAAGCCUUAGUCAAGAUCAACGAGACGCCCUGGAUCAGACAUUGGGGGUUCGCAUCUUCCGAACUCAAACCAGUACCCAGAGCCCUCCAGUACUGACACAAGGUGGAGCCUCCAGGGUGGGAAUUGUGGGAACUCUAGUUUUCUUGCAGCAGUUCCUUUUUCUUACCCUGUGUUAUGCCGCCUAGGUCAUACUGUGACAUGGACAAACUAGCUAGCUAAAAAAUGAUCCUAACAAUGAUCUUCCUGUAUCAUUUCCAUCAAUAACAUUUAUAUAAUCAAAAUAAAUACAUCUAUGAAUGCAUAAUCUACAUAAAUUAAUGCUGUAAUUGGUGACAUCUGUUGUUGUCCUAAUCUUCUCAAAAUUGUGUAAGUAUAUACAUUCACUGAGCACUUUAUUAGGUAGACCUGCACACUAGUUUGCUAAUGCAAAUAUUUUAUCAGUCAAUCAACGAAAUACAUACAAGCAUGCAGGCAUGAGUCAAGAGGUUCAGCUGUUUUUCAGACCAAAUGUCAGAAUGCAGAAGAAAUGUGAUCUAAGUGGCUUUGACCAUGGAAUGAUUGUUUGUGCCAGACAGGGUGGUUUGAAUAUCUCAGAAACUGCUAUUUUUACGCUCAACAGUCUCUAGAGUUUGUAGAGAAUGGCGUGAAAAACAAAAAACAUGCUGUGAGCAGUAGUUCUGCAGGCAAUAACGCCUUGUUAAUGAGAGAGGUCAGUGGAGAAUGGGCCAGACUGGGCAAAGCUGACAGGAAGGUGACAGUAAUGCAAAUAACCACACAUUACAACAGUGGUAUGCAGAAGAGCAUCUUGAAAAAACAAAGCAUCAAACCUAAAGCCUAAAUGGAUAGGCUACCGCAGCAGAAGAGCAAUAAAUCUAAAAAGUAAGUCUAAUAAAUGCCUAAUAAAGUGCUCACUGAGUGUAUAUUUGCUCUAUUUCCAAUCAAAUGUGCUACAGUACAGAGCCAAUACUACAAUAAAUGAAUCAC